AUGCCUUCGAUCACGUUGCAGAAGACAAAACCGAAAGAAUCUAAAAGUGAUUCUGGGAAGGCAACACAGCGCUCAACGAGGUCCACUGAGCGAUCUCCACGGGCAUCAUCAAGAAGCUUAAAGGAGUUUUCUGCCAAAUCUCCAAAGACAUUGCCGAGAAGCUCAGCGGAUCUUUCUGCGGGAGGAUCUCCAAAGACGAAGUCAAAAGGUUCAGCCGAACCUGGACACACAUCUUCCACACGGCCAGAUUCCAAAAGUUCUAAUGUACAGUUGGCACCGGUGGACUCGAAGGGCUCCGCGGAAAUACCGGACAAGGAAAGGAAACUGACUUCAUCUUCGAAAGGGUCAGCGGAAGGGCGAAAGGACGAAGGAAGUUUGGAAGCGGUGAAGUUAAAAAGUGACGAUGGAAAACCCGAUAAAGAUAAAAACUCUAAACAAAUGGAAGUGAAGAACUCUGACGAGUCUAAAGCCAGUAAAGAACUGUUGGACAAGGACUUUAAGAGCAGAGAAGAAGUACAGCGCAAGAGAAAAAAGCGUCGCGAGGAGGAGCUGGAGUAUAAUGACGGUGAGAUGUCUUUUAUGAAGAGCAAAAGAGAAUUCUUUCACACUCCAAGCUACCACAUCUUGGUGUGUUUCUCAGAAUAG